AUGGGUGGUGUUCCCAUGCGCAAGGGAAUGAAAGCCGACAUGCUCAACAUUGCUCAGGUGAACCAUGACAGGUUGCCCACAUUGACAGGUCUUUCUGGGUUUGGAGUUCUGCACAGCCUCCCCACUCUCCAUUGGCCCAUGAGUUUUGGCAUUGACGUCAUGCACCUUAUUUGUGAUAACCCAUGUUACCUGCUCUUUAAUCUAUGGGAUGACAAACUUCCGCCUGGGCCGCAUGCACCUGCACAUGACAGACUGGCAGCUGAAGAGGGUGUGAGACCGACAGGCCCGCUACAACCCAAAGGUCUGGACGCUGAUCCCCCGGACACAUAUAUUGUAGUUCCCCCAUCGCCUGCAACUCAAGCUUCUCAGGCUACUCGUGUUACUCAGGCUACGUACACACAUACACAGCAACGUGCUCCGCCUCCUCACCAUCCUCGUCAAACAAAGAAGACUAGGGUGAAGGAUCCCUAGGUGCUUCCGCCAAAGAUACUCGAGCAGAUCGGAGAGGAUAUGAAGGGAUGCAGGAGAAGUAUCCCAGGCUUAUUUGGUCGCGCUCCAAGGAACAUUGCCAAGAACUCGGCAGAUUUUCUGGCUACUGAAUGGUCUCACUGGUUGAGCUUAUUUCCUGUCCCGUUUUUGGAUGGGAGACUGCCUGAGGAGUACUUGUCUAACUGGGAGACCUUGUGUGCGGUGUACACAAAUGACUAGAAUUGACUCCGGGUCUGACCGUCUCUAUUCAUGUGUUGUUACACAUCGCAGAUU